UGCAGGCGGGUGACUCAGGGUCUUGUGGCACAGUCGCAUGACAGCAUGAAAUCACUCCUCACAGGCCAUGCCAGGCUGCUGGGGAUGGGAUUGGGGGGCACACAGAUCUCCUCCCACUCUCCAGCCCAUAAACCCGUAGGCAGCAGCCCUGCACCAAGAUGGCUUCUCUUCUGGCACCAACUGCAGCACCCAGGACCAUGGGCCAGCUGCAGCUCUGGCUCGCUCUCCUGGCUGGGCUGUCCGGCAUCAUGGCUCAGGAAGACCUGCACCGAAAGGUGUUCGUCUUCCGGAAGGACCCCAGCGACGCCUACGUGGUGCUGAGGGCCAAGCUCGAGCAGCCGCUGCAGAACUUCACCGUGUGCCUGCGGUCCUAUACUGAGCUGAUCCGGCCCUACAGCCUCUUCUCCUAUGCCACCAAGGCACAGGACAAUGAAAUCCUUCUGUUCAAGCCCAAGCCUGCUGAGUACCGGUUCUAUGUGGGGGGCAAGUUUGUCACCUUCCGUGUCCCUGAGGGCCGCGGGAGCUGGGAACACGCCUGUGCCAGCUGGGAGUCAGCCACGGGCAUCGCCGAGUUUUGGCUCAAUGGGAAGCCCUGGCCCCGCAAGGGACUGCAGAGGGGCUACACAGUGGGGGCAGAGGCAGCCAUCCUGCUGGGGCAGGAGCAGGAUGCCUUUGGGGGCAGCUUUGACGUCUACAACUCGUUCUCAGGCGAGCUGUCCGAUGUCUUCCUGUGGGAUGUGGGGCUGUCCCCGAACAAGAUGCGAGCUGCCUAUCAGUCCCUACGCCUGCCGCCCGCCAUCCUGGCCUGGAACAGCCUGAGCUAUGAAGUGAAGGGCGAUGUGGUGGUGAAGCCCUGGCUCCAGGAGACACUGAGGCCAUGAGAGCCACCCAGGCCUGGGGCUGGGAUGCCUCAGCCCCUGCUCUCCCCUCCCUGGCCCCAUCACCUCUUCACCUCUACAACCUGCUAAGAAGGUGCCAUCUGUGUCUCUCAGCCAUGGAUCUCUGGUUGGUAUGGGGCUGAGCUGGAGCUGGCAGUCAGCCUGGCGGGGUCUCCCCGAGUGCCAGCACCCACCACCAACCUGUCCCUAAUGCCUGGAGAACCCUUGGUCUUCCCCACAUGCCCCAAGCUGCCUGCAGCCAGCUCCCAUGUGGGCAGGAUGCGGAUCCCCUGGCUUCAGCAUUUCCCAACCACACACGACAUGGCAGAAGCAAUUAGGGACAGGCAGGGGCUUGGCCUUGGGGAUGGGGGACACAUGUUCCAUGCCUGUCCCCCCGCACACCCACCGUCCCUGGGCUCCCUGCCAGCCCGGUGGGUCUGCAGGCUCCCAGGCAGGCAAAGUGGCCCCAGGCCCCUUGCUAGAUUGCCAAGCAGCUCCACAGGUUGGUGCCCCCGGGUUCUUGGGUAUCAAGGUCACAGGCAAACUUCACCGUUGUGUACAGACCCUGAGCAGCCUCAGGGCUGCAGCACAGUGGCUCUGCAGUUCUGCAUCAUCACGGAGGUGCCAGUGGACUUGAUCGACAGAACCAUGGGGCACCUGUGGCUCUGCCUCCUCUCUCUCGCUGCACUCUUUGGCCUCACAACCUCGCAAGGUAGUGGGGGGACAGACUGUGCCUGGACCCCCUCUGGGUCCCAGAGAGGGAGUGGAAGGUGCAGUGGGUAGCAGUGGGGGCUGUAGGGACACAACACCAGGCACCAC